AUGAACUAUUUUCUUUUUCCCUUCUUUUUGAGAAUUUUGUAUAAGUUCAAAAUGUCGACCCUUUACGAAAAAUCUGAUGGAAUUCUGGAGACCCAUGUGACGUGGCAAGACGUUGAGUCAGCCCUCCAAAUGAAAUUUAGAACUUCUGCAACGUUUGGAAAAAACAAAACAGCGACAAAUAUAAGCGACUUGAAAGGUUUUAUGUCAAAAAUCGCAUUGAUUGAAGCAGACUGGCAGAAUGUUGAAGAAAACCUCCAACUACCACACAAAUUUGCAGUUAAGAUUUCAUCCCAACUACCAUACAUUGCAUUUUCCAAAGUUUUAAAGUACACAGAUGAGAAUGGAUACGAAGAUGAAAAAUUGAAAUACCUUGCUAAAAUUCUGCGCGAUGCACAUAAUCGAGAAAUAGAAACAUAUAAACUAUUGGAGAAGUUUAAUCAUGCAAAUAUUCCAUAUACUAAGAUCUAUGGGUUGAAGCCAUUCUAUGAUGAAAAUGAUCUCAAAGGGUAUAUCAUCUUGGAAUACAUCCCUAAUAUUCACACUACAUCUAUGUCUGAAAACAUUCCUGCUGAUGACCUUAUCUCUACUAUUCGUGCUGUCGCAACUUUUGGCGCUCUUGGAGCAUGUUUGCCUGCAGACCAGAAAACAUUUGCUCUUGGAGCCAAUUUUCUAGAGUAUUACUAUGAUACUUUCCUUGGCGCAGCUGGAGUUGAAUCAAUUCUUGAUAAUCUUCGAAAAUCAUUGUCCUUCUGCGAGACUUCCAAAGUAGAGAAGCUUAUUGAUAUUUACCGUCAUUAUAUCAAGAUUGUGAGCAAGUUUUCGAAAAUUGAUGAAAUACUUGGUUUUCACUUGGUACCAAAUCACGGAGAUUUGUGGCAAUCGAAUAUGCUUUUUAAUACCGAGGAAAGUGGACAUUUGAAGUUGAAAGCUUUAAUUGACUGGCAGGCUGUUGCGAAUUUGCCGCCCGGAUUUGAUAUGGUUAGACUGUUCAUAGGAGCAUUGUCAAUUGAGGACCGUCGCCAGCGAGCUUCAGAGUUUCUGAAAAUCUAUCACGAAACUUUUACCACAGUCUUCGGUAGUGAACUAUUUCCAUAUCAAGAAAUCCAUGAUUCGUACAAAUUGCAUUUUCCACUAAAAUCAUUGAUGGUUCUACCCGGAAUCGCAACAUUUUUGGAUUCCAGCCAACACUCAGAAUCUGAAAAAAAGACUGUUCGAAAUGAAACUAUGACAAAAAUUAUUGCAUUGAUGGAGGAUGUGUUCGAGGCACAUGAAUAUAAUUUGAAAAAUUAUCCCGAAUUUUUGCAUGUUUAAUAAUUAAUAACUCGAUGUUUUAAUUGUAAGAUUGAAAUUUAAGGUAUUCAAACCUGUACUUCUAUAUGAAACCUAAUUCAAUUAAA